AUGCAUCGCAAGUUUACGGCGCCGUUGCUGGCGGUCUUUUGCUUCUUGCUCGUUGUGACGAGUUUAUACCUCGGGCGAGAACGUUUGACUUGGAAAUCUAAUUAUGCACCUAUAACGCAUGAGGAGGUGCAGACUGAUGAGUUGCUAACAUCUUCGACAUCAUCAGUAAUAGCCACUACAACGAGAGCCAAGAUUGAGCAGAGUAGUAGUAGUUCUGCUCUUCCCAGUCCAAUUUCAGCCUCUCUUCCAACUCCGUCAAUCACCAAUGGAACUAUACUAUCAGCUGAGCGCAUUUCGCCUUAUAUCUCAGCCAUCCUCAACACAUCAUCAACAGCCCUCCCACGUUUAGAGUGCCCUGUUCUCAACACCAACCGCUACAAGUCUCUACAACUCUCGCAAAAGGACCAAGAAACACAAGGCCACCAAAUUGAUUACUUCUUCGCUCUUAACUUGCGUAACUGUAUCGAUAUACUCCCCCGUCUCAUAGGCAGCAUCAUCGAAGCCGUUCGUUUCCUCGGACCUCAGCGCUGCGCUCUAUCAAUAGUUGAAGGAAACUCCCCCGAUGGCACUUCUGACAUACUCUCCUCUCUACAACCAUUCUUGGAAGACUUGGGCUUGAUCUAUUUCUAUAACAGCUCCAGUAUCAAUCCUGCCAAAGGCAACGCCCGGAUACGCAAACUCGCCCGACUUCGCAAUCUGGCACUCACGCCGCUGUAUAAAGAACAGGUCAAAGUCACAGAAGAUACUACCGUUCUUUUCAUAAACGAUGUCUCAGCCUGCGCAGAAGAUCUGCUUGAACUCGCCCUUCAGCGACGUAGUCUCAAUGCAGAUAUGACCUGCGCCAUGGACUGGACCUACGUCGGGCCGGAUCCUACUUUCUACGACAUCUGGAUUGCACGAACCAUAGUAGGCGAUUCCUUCUUCGAAGUCGGUUCAGACGGCAACUGGAACUCAGCAUGGAACCUCUUCUGGAACGCCCCCGAGACACAAUCUCGAUAUAGAGCACAGCAACCCUUCCAAGUCUUUGCAUGCUGGAACGGAGCCACGGCGUUCACAGCAGCUCCUCUGCUCCACGGACUUCGAUUUAGGGAUGUACACGGCGAUAAAGGGGAAUGCUUCCAGGGAGAACCGCAGCUGUUUUGUAAGGAUAUGUGGCAUAGGGGAUAUCGCAAGAUAGCAGUUGUCCCAAGUGUGAAUCUGGAGUAUUCGGAUGAGAAGGCGGCGGAUAUAAAGAAGCUCAAGGGCUAUGUGUCGGAUAUAGUUGAGGAUCGGGAAGAUGUUGCCAUCGAUUGGGUGUUUGAACCGCCGGAGCAGGUGAGGUGUAUGCCGACUUGGGAGAAACAGUCGUGGAGGCCGUGGAACGAGACAUUAUAG